AUGAAUCACCAAAUUGGUUGUCUUACGAGGGUUCAUAUAGGUCUGCCUUCCUCAAACGAGACGGCUGAACUGACCUUAGGAGUGCAUAGGGGACAUCCUCAAACAGGACAAUUUCAAAAUGCAUACCUGUGCGGAAGAUUCCUCCAACAUAACUCAGUUUUCUCAACUCCUUUUGUCACCACUUCCAUUUUGCUGCGAGUCACUCCUAGCAGCGAAAUCUGCCUAUUGCUUUUCCAGCAUCCAUUCCUGUUUUGUACUCAGCUCUUGAGGGCACAGUAA